GCCGCCUCCAAGUUCCCCGCGGGGCGGCGGCUGCGGCGGCGGCUCCGCUUGGGGCGAUGGCGGCGAGCGCGGGGCCCCCCCCGGAGCCCUUCCCCCGGGGACCGCGGCGGGGCCGGCACGGGCGGUAGCGGCCGGGGAGCGCCGGCCGGUCACCAUGGCCGACCCCAGCCACAUCCAGUCGGCCGCCUCCAAGAGCAUCCGGCCCUUCCGUUCCAGCGAAGAGUACCUGGAGGCCAUGAAGGAGGACCUGGCCGAGUGGUUCAACACCCUCUACGACCUGGACAUCCAGGUGGACACCUUCCUGGAGAGCCUGGAGACCGGCUGCCACCUCUGCCAACACGCCAACAACGUCAACCGCACCGCCCUGGACUUCCAGCAGCGGCACCCCGAGGUGGCCGCCCAUAUGCGCAUCCCCCAGAAUGAGGUCAUCUUCCAAGCCAAGAACGUGGUGCCCGGUUCCUUUAUUGCCCGGGAUAACGUCUCCAAUUUCAUCCAGUGGUGCCGGCAGGACCUCGGCAUCCAGGACGUCCUCAUGUUUGAGACCAAUGACUUGGUGCUGAAGAAGAACGAGAAGAACUUUGUCCUCUGCUUGUUGGAGGUGGCCAGGAGGGGCUCCAAGUUUGGCAUGCUGGCCCCCAUGCUGAUCCAGAUGGAGGAGGAGAUCGAGGAGGAAAUGAGGGACCAAAUGGCUUAUGGCGUGCUGGGCACGUACCAGGAGAACCGGGACCACCAGGUGCCCACCUACCGGAGCAGGACCCGGCCCAUCGCCCUCUGCGACCUGAAGAACCUGGAUGAGCUGGUGCGGGAGAUCCUGGGCUGCUGCUCCUGCCCUUCCCAGUUCCCCAUGGUCAAGGUCUCCGAGGGCAAAUACAAAGUGGGCGACUCCAGCACCCUCAUCUUCGUCCGAGUGCUGAGGAGCCACGUGAUGGUGCGCGUCGGAGGCGGUUGGGACACGCUGGAACAUUACCUGGAUAAGCACGAUCCGUGCCGCUGCUCCUCGCUCGCUCACCGCCUGCCGCAGCCUCGCGCUCCCGGCUUCUCCCCGCACAAAGCGGCUCCCGGCAGCUUCUCCGGCAGCCCCAGCACCCCACGGCGCCCCCGCGCAGCCGGGGGGAACGGGCACCCCCCGAGGGGUCCCGCCGACACCCCGAAAGCACCGUCCGGCACCAGGCAGGAGGGAAUGUCCCCACGUCGUGGCCCCGCUGCCCUGCCCGGCUCUGCCAGCCCGCUCAGGCCCCGCGACCCCGCUCCGUCCCGCUCCCGCCGCUGCUCGGGCGACAGCGACUCCUCGGCCUCCUCCGCGCAGAGCCUUCGGGAUGGGGGUCCCCCACGCCGCCGCGAGCCCAGCCGAGGGGUCCCCGCGCCGCAGCCGCCACGCCACGCCGGCCCCUCGCCGGGCAGCGGCCGAACGGCUCCGCUUGAGGAGGAACGCGGGCGCUCCCGGGUGCCCAACGGGCCCGGCCGUGCCACGCCGCGUGCCCGCAGCCACGGCCGCCCCGGCCCGCAGCCGCUGCUGCUCAUCAGCCGCCGGCGAGACGGGCAGCACUCGUGGACACGCGCAGAGCCCGCGUCCCGCUCCGGCAGCCCUGCCCGCAGCCACCCGCGGCGACGCUCCUCGCUCCAGGAAGGAUUUGGGGCGCCGGGUGAGGCCACGCAUGGCGGCAGCGACGAUGGCGAAGCUUUGCAGCGGGAGCUGGAGGAGUUGGUGCAGCGGCUGCGGGCGCCGCUGGAGCCCGGGCACGAGCAGCAGCUCUUCCGACGGCUGGAGGAGGAAUUCCUGGCCAACACGCGGCUGAUGGAGGAGCUGGAGGCCGGGGAGGCUCCCGCCAUGCUCCCCGCGCCACCCGCAGCCGCCGACUCGGCCUAUUGCUCCUCCAGCUCCUCUUCAUCCUCCCUCAACGUCUUCGGCAAGGAUGGGCGGCGCAGCGGGAAUGGAGGACCUCCAUUGCCGGCAGCCCCCGAAAUGGCAGAUUUGGGGCGCCGGACGGCCCUCUCCAGCUCUUCCGAUGAAAGCAGCUGCUUAGCAGCGUCCUGGGACACGCGGGAGACGCGGGGCGGCCCCGAGUCCGACACCGACUGGGCGCCAGGGGAGGAUGAGCUGACAGAGACGGAGGAGAACCCCGCCAUGGCCGAGGGCUCCCCCAGAAUCGCCGCACCGGUGCCUUCCCUCUCCACGCCGUCCCCGCGCCUCCAGGCCAAACCUCGGCUGGACACGCAGCCCCACAAGAAGCCCUCCAGGAUCCCCACGCCGCGGGGCUAUGGGGCAGCCCCCCAGCCCUCCACCGGCAGCUCCAAGCCAUGGGGGGCUCUGCAGAACGCCUUCUCCUCUUUCCUGGAGCCCGGUUGGGUCCCACGGGAGCGCGAAGGGCUGGACGAGGACGCCUGGCCAUGAGAUGCCCGUGUUGGUGGCAGGCAGGAUGGGAACAAGCCCCCGGAGACACGGCAGAGCUGCUGCUGGUGAAGGCACCUGCGUGGAGAGGCCCCAGCCAGGUGAUGGCCAUGGACCUGAGUUGGCCAAGGAGCUGGAGCUCCUUCACUUGGUGACUGUUGGCAGUUUGGGUUGGGCCCCGCAAGGAUCCCCUGGCCCCAGCCAGGUGCAGAAGGUUCUAGAUGUGCCCUGAGCUCACCGGGAGCAGGUCCACGGCAGGGUGCCGGGGCAGGAGCGUUGGCCUUGGAACAAGGCUGGAGAGCAACCAGCUCCUCUCUUCUGAUCUUUGUCUCUUCGCUUCAUUCUUCUCCUCCUCCCCUUAUUUUCUUCCUCUUCUCGUUAUCUUCUCCUCUUCUUGACCAUCUUCUCCUCUUCUUGGCUUUUCUGUCCUUCUCUUGUCAUCACCUUCUUAUCUCUUCCUUCAUAUCUUCACGUCUUCUUUUGUCUUUAUCUCUUCUUGGUGGCCUUCUACUUCUCACCUUCUUGUCUCUUUCUCCUCUUUUCAGAACUUUUUCUUCUUGAUGGCUUUCUGUUGUCUUCUCCUCUUCUUGGCUGCCAUUUCUCUUCUCAUAUCUCUCUCCUCCCUCUAUCUGAAAUGACUUGGGGACAUGCAGCUUUUGUCACAACUUGUAUUUUGGGGCAGGGGGGGAUCACAUUUUCCUCUCCAGCAGCUGCCAGUCCCGGCCAGUCGCAGCGUUGUCCAGAGCCUACGUUGAUGUCCAUCACGUGGGAUGGGGCUGUGCAUGGAGCCCCCCACCCAGGCCACCACAGCCCCCACCCCUCUGGCCCUGCAUGUCCCCCCCCAAAGCCAGUAAAGACCA